AUGGCACCCAACUCCUCCCCCACCCAAACCGACCUCCUCAUCAUCGGUGCCGGCCCAGCCGGCCUCAUGGCGGCCUGCUGGGCCUCCCAGUACACGAACAUGACGACCCGAAUCAUCGACAAACAUCCUUCCCGAACAGCGACCGGCCACGCGGACGGGAUACAGAGCCGAACACUGGAGAUCCUGGAGAGCUUCGGGCUAGUUGAUCCGAUAGUGCGGAAAGGUGUGCAACAUGCAGAAAUGUGUUUCUGGGGCUAUGAUAAGAAUGCGGGCGGGAUAACGAGGCAGAAGAUGGACCCGGCUCAGACGGAUAAGUCGAGGUAUAAUAUGGUUUUGCUGAAUCAGGGGAUGAUUGAGCAGAUAAUUCUGGAUUAUCUAGAGUUAGAGAGGGAAAAGAGGGUGGAGGUAGAGUAUGCGAAACAGGCGAAGACCUUGGAGAUUCUGAAGGAGGAUGAGUAUCCGAUUGUUGUGGGGGUGAAGCGGGUUGGGCUCGAUGGGGCCAAUGGACACUGUGAUCAGGUUGAGACCAUUCGCGCUCGGUAUGUUAUCGGUUGUGAUGGUGCGAGGAGCUGGGUAAGAGAGCAGUUGCAGGUCCCGAUGCGGGUGUGUUCUGGAGAUACCACCUGGGGCGUUGUGGAUAUCGCUCCAAUUACUGAUUUCCCGGAUAUUCGCCAAUCCUGUGCUAUACAUGCUGGAGACCGUGGCAGCAUCAUGACCGCCCCUAGGGAAAAUCGGCUGGUCCGUUUUUACAUCUAUCCCAAAGGCGAUGGAAGGCUGAGUGUGGAGGGCAAAGAUCGAUCGGAAGUAUCUCUUGAUGAGAUUGUGGGGGCCAUGGCGAAGGUGAUGAAGCCCUACAAACUGACUUACAAGCACUGCGACUGGUGGUCUAUCUAUAAGAUAGGUCAACGUUUAGUUGAAACGUAUAGGCCACACGACAGGAUCUUCCUGGCCGGUGAUGCGGCACAUACCCACUCACCCAAGGCAGGUCAGGGUCUGAAUGUGUCGAUGCAGGAUACGUACAACCUUACGUGGAAGCUAUGCUCCGUGAUCACAGGGGAAGCUUCACCGAGUAUACUGGAUACAUAUGAACUGGAACGGCGACCGGUUGGCGAGGAGCUGCUCAAGCUGGAUACUGAGCUAGUUCAAGCAUACGAACAAGACACGAGCGUCACCGAAGGAGUCGAGCGCGUUCGUGGCCAAUACAUCGAUUUCAUGACGGGAGUGGGCGUGACAUAUGGUCCAAAUCAGUUGGUCGCCGGAAAGAAGGCGGAUACAGCGGUCGCAAACAACAUCAAGAUCGGUAUGCGCCUGUCAUCACAUCCAGUUGUGGGUCAGGCCGACGGGAUCAGCAUGCAGCUGAGCAGCAGGUUGACCAGUAACGGAGCCUGGAGGCUGCUCGUAUUCCCAGGCGACCUGCGUGAACCUCGCAACCAGAGUCGGCUGUCUAGUUUUGCGAACCAGUUCAACGAGCAGGCUCACCUGCCAUGUCUGCACAAAGCUCAGUCGAACCACUGUAGUCGCCUUCUCGAGACAAUCAUGGUGCAUUCCAGCCCGAGGACUUCGGUGAACCUUUUGGAUCUACCAGAGAUAUUUCAUCCAUUCGAUGAGACGUGGGGAUGGGACUACUCGAGGGUAUUUGCUGACGAUGGCUCGUACGGCGAAGCUUGUGGCCAGGCACAUGAAAGGUACGGCAUACGAGAUGAAACCGGUUGUCUGGUCCUCUGUCGUCCGGAUCAGCAUGUUGCUUGGUUAGGGAGCCUAGCAGAGGUGGAAGCAUUGGACCAUUAUUUUGGUCAAUUCGUCCCGGGGAGUUGA